AUGUUCGCGAUUGCUCACAACUCGAUCCUUCGGGAUUCGUUGGCUGGUAUUCUUCAGUUGAGUCCUGAAAGAGUUUUCGAGGAGUACAGACCACCACCGUUCACAGGAAAUCUUGUGAUCGGAGUCGAGGAUCUUCGUGAUGCCAAUCUUCGUUUUGCUGUCAGAUAUUUCUUGGCGAACGUCGAAAAGAAUAUCUCUUUGUACAUUGUAAAACAGGAAUGGAGUGAGAACGAUGAGAAGUUUUUCGAUGAUCUUGUGAAGACAGAGUAUCGUCGGGCUCACGACCUCAACCAGGUGGCUAUUGAUCGUGUCAACAAACUCCCAGACAACGACUGGAAAAAUGACAGACUGGAGCAAUUGAACGAGUGGAGGACUAUUCCAGCAAUCAAUUACAGUCUUCUCACACUCAAUGACAAUUUGAAGAACCAAAUCAACAGUCUCGCCAAAGUGACAACCUGUGCCAUCUCAGACGAUGAAGAACAAUUGACGAGCAAACCACCAGUUCUCCACUGGACCGCCGACCCUUUAGAAGGCGAAAUUCAGUUCAUUGCUCAGUUGAACUUCCCACUUUCUGGACCAGACGAUUCGGCGUUUCGUGAGAUGUGUCGAUUGUUAAAAACGCACUUCGAGAUUAGCUACGAGUGGACGGGAGGCAUUUUAUUGACAAGUGAACCUGUUCGAUUGCAUGUUCAACGAUUCAGUGAUACACAAAUUGAAUUUGCUGCUAGGAUUUGUGUCGAUGAGUUGGAAGGUGACGAAGCAGCCCGACCAAUGCGAUUCAUUUGGCCAUAUCUCGCAGUUUCCCUGAAACAAGCUAUUCAAGUGCUCUCCGAGCAUCCACAUCUACAGUACUCGAUCUCAUUCGUUCCAUUCGGCUCAAUCUUUUUCAAAUCUUCUGAAAUCGAGGCUCGAGUCUUUGACGCCACCGUAUUCUGUGCGACAGCUCUGAAAUACGAAAAAGUCGGAUUCCGAGUCGGAGACAACAUUUAUCAUGUCGAUAUUGCUCAUAUCUUCCCAGAUGGAACAUAUCCAUCACUUCAACGUCUUCUAUCAAUGAAUCCUCCGUCACCGAAAUUCUCUCGUCCGGACUCUGUCAAUGAUUCAGUGUCGCCGUCGUUGGUCUCGGAGCCGCCGACUCCUGGAGGACUCGCAGCACCACAUAAUCGAGGAAGACGAGUUUCUUUUGGAACGAUAAAACUAAUGUCCGACGCACCCGCAAAUCCAGAAAUCCCGAUUCUCAAUGGAAACGACGUCGAUGGCUCCGUGAAGACCGUCGACGCCUUCAUCGACAAAAUGCUCCAACAGACGAUGGAUCAGUUGGCCGUCUAA